UCCAAGCUCGAACAAACAGUUCGCCGCCAUGACACAGGGAAGUCGAAAAUUCUAGCGGUGGUAGGACUGUCAGUGGCAACGGUGGCGACUGGCCGACGUCGUGUGUGUGUUUUGUUGCUGCUGCGAUGCGUCAGCUAAAUCUUGGAUCAUCUGGUAAGAGAGUGUGAUAAAAAGAGUGGUCAGCUGUUACGACGUUUACGAGUCAACGCGGAGAAACGAGCGGCAAAGAAGUAAAUAGUGGAGAAAGGUACGAGAAACGAGAGGGAGGCGAAUACCGUGCGACGGAGGAAGGUUACGAGGGGCGGAUCGUCGGUGGUAAGGACCGUCCGCGUGUAAGUGAUAAUAUCGGUGGAAAACGAUGGCGUAAGCUCAUCAACCCUGAGCCGAGACGUGCCGUGUGUCCUUUGUGCCGUGGCCGUCCGUCAUUUUCCGUUGAUUCUCGUACGACGCGUAUGACUCGGCUGUUCCGAAAAGUCGCGCGCGCGAACAACAGAACGCGUUCACAACGUAACGUCAGUGAAAACACCAUCGAAUGUGUGCUGUGCUACGCAGAGUCUAGUUGCUAUGCAGGCUGAGUAGUGAAUGUAACUCGAAAUAUUAUUGGUUCGUAUUUGAUCAUCCGCGGAUCACCAAGCUUUCCAAGUGUACGCGCCAAUAUUUUAUCGGUUAUCGCCGCGUCGCGUUUCCUGUGUCUUGUUCGACUGUUAGUGACUUUAUCAUUCGAAAUCGCUACUUCCUCGCGUCGUCGCGUUGUUGUUUUGUUUAUUGUUGUUUACGCGUAUUCGCGAGGUGGUGCCAAUAUCUAGCCAACGGCUUCUUACCGUGGCAGAGAAUAUGGUUACAAUGAUCAGUGAUACGUGUGGAUAUGUUCUCUUUCUCCUGUUGCUGUUGCUCGUUCCUUACAUCGAAAGCGCUCGCCGUUUGAACGAAUAUAUCCGCCACUACGAACCACUCUCUUAUCCCACCGAAGAGGUCCACCGAGGUCACUUGAGGGCCAAGAGGUCGGUUACCCGCGACAAUUCCGUGACUCUGAAGUUUCGCUCGCACGGAAGGGACUUCCACAUUCGGUUGAAGCGAGAUCUGGCCACCUUUAGCAAUAAUUUAAUUAUCGAAGGGCCGUCCGGUCAAACGGAAGACCUCGAUACGUCCCAUAUUUACCAGGGCCACUUAGUCGGUGAGCCCGGUAGUCACGUGUUCGGAAGUAUCAGCGACGGUGUUUUCCACGGGAAAAUCAUAUCGCCCCGUGGUGGCUCGUGGUACGUGGAAAAGGCGUACUAUUAUUUUCCCCCACACGAGAUAAAUGACACGUUGCAUUCCGUCAUCUAUCAUGAAAAUAACGUGGACGAUCCGUACGCCCAUCUUCGAAAAGGUGAAACGGGAGGUUGCGGUAUCACCGAUGACGUGGUGGAGUGGAUGGACAGGAUACAAAAUUCCGCGGAACCGGACGAGGAACGUCCGGUGACCGAGAAGAAAUCCGAUCCGCCGCCGAUGGUGAAACCGUGGAACGGUGAUCAGGAGUCGCCUGGUCACAAGUAUUCGAGAGAAGCUAACGAGCCUAGCCACAGGAGGACGCGGAGGGCGACCAGGCCGAAGGAGGAUAAGAAGAAUAACACUUGUUCCCUUUUCAUUCAAACCGAUCCCCUAAUAUGGAGACACAUAUCGGAACAGUUACAUCACGACGCGGAGAAGACCAGGGAGGAGAUACUGUCUCUGAUCGCGCAUCACGUCACCGCGGUGAAUUACAUUUACAGAGACACCAGAUUCGACGGGAGGAUCAAGCAUAGAAACAUUAAGUUCGAAGUGCAACGGAUAAAGAUCGACGACGACACGGCGUGCACGCCCCAACAAACGUACGGCGAGCCAAAUCCUUUCUGCAUGGAGAACAUCGACGUCAGUAACUUUUUAAAUUUGCAUUCGCUCGGCAACCACGAGGAUUUCUGCCUGGCGUACGUGUUCACCUACAGAGAUUUUACUGGCGGUACUCUUGGUCUUGCCUGGGUAGCAUCCGCAUCUGGCGCAUCCGGUGGCAUUUGCGAGAGAUACAAAACGUAUACGGAAACGGUUGGGGGGAUGUACCAGUCUACCAAGAGAUCUUUGAACACUGGGAUCAUCACUUUCGUCAAUUACAACAGCAGAGUGCCUCCGAAAGUGUCGCAGCUGACGUUGGCUCACGAGAUAGGGCACAAUUUUGGAUCGCCUCACGAUUUCCCACCCGAGUGUAGACCAGGUGGUCUCCACGGAAAUUACAUCAUGUUUGCGUCGGCGACGAGCGGGGACCGGCCGAACAACAGCAAAUUUUCGAAAUGCAGUAUUGGGAAUAUCAGUAACGUGCUGGACGCCAUAGAAGAUAAGAAGAAGAAAAAUUGUUUCACUGCCUCUGCCGGAGCUUUCUGCGGUAACAAGAUAGUGGAAGCUGGGGAAGAGUGCGAUUGCGGGUACGACGAUAAUGAAUGCGUGGAUAAGUGUUGUUAUCCGAGGCAGAUAUCAGAUUUGGAUAAAAUGAAGAACGACACGGCGAAGGGUUGUACCAGAAAAUCCGGAACACAAUGCAGUCCCAGCCAAGGGCCUUGUUGUUCGAGCGAGUCGUGCCAGUUCGUUCCCCUCUCCAAAAACGUUCAAUGCAAGGCUGAAUCGGAUUGCAGUUACAAUUCGACUUGUAACGGGCGAUCCUCCGAGUGUCCUCCGCCGUUGCCAAGAGCCAAUAAGACUAGAUGUAACGAGGGAACUCAGUUGUGCAUCAACGGCGAGUGUACGGGAUCGAUUUGCCUCGAAUGGAACUUGACCGAGUGCUUUUUAACCAGUAACGUAAUUCCAAACAUCGAUAAACGUAAAUUGUGCGAAUUAGCCUGCCAAAAUGGAACCGAUCCAUCGACCUGCCGUAGCACCAGCGAAUUUGCGCAUGUAGUCGGUCUACCCGAAGGUGGAAUUAGCCUCAGACCUGGAUCACCCUGCGAUAAUUUUCAAGGGUAUUGUGAUGUAUUUUUGAAGUGUAGAGCCGUUGACGCAGAAGGACCAUUAGCCAGAUUGAAAAAUCUUUUAUUCAAUAAGGAUACAUUGCGUACGGUAGCACAAUGGAUAACCGAAUUCUGGUGGGCGGCAGUGUUAAUGGGAAUAGCUUUCAUUAUUUUCAUGGGUUUGUUCAUCAAGUGUUGCGCUGUUCACACUCCAUCGAGUAAUCCUAAGAAACCACCGGCCAGACGUAUUAGCGAUACUCUAAGAAGACCGAUGAAUACAUUGAGAAGAAUGCGACAUCCACACGGAGGUGGAGCAGGUCCCAGAAGUAUACCUCCCAGACAAGGUCAAGGAGGACAUGGUACUAGGGGACCCUCUCACGGUUAUGGAGAGGGUAGAGGUGCUCAGUAUUAUCCGAAAGCAGGCUAUCGCUCGGUUCCCACAGCUAGUGCGCCACCCAGUAGCAGCGCAGCACCCAACUACGCCCGGUCCAACCAUCCCGAAUUGUACGCAGGCGCCUAUUCGGGCUCCGGGGGAGGGGGGAGGGCCUCAGCCUACGAGAUGAGGCAUCACAACAAGGUGUGACGAUCCUAGAGAACUGCAACCAAGAACAAGGGACGGUCUCGACGUUGCACCGUAAAUUGUUCUCUUGUUUAAUGCCAAACUGUGAAACGAGCCGAUCCACACUAUACAUCUCCUCUCAAGAUCGAUCAAAUCAAUGGAAGGAAUAUAUCCACUACGAUGUAAUCGAAUGUAUUUGAAAGUAUCGAAGAUCGCCGAUCUACGUUUUCAUUUCAAGUAAACUCGCGCAAAGGGACUACUGGUUCGGAAUUGUAUAAAUUGGUGAAGUGUAUUAUAUAUAUAUGAUCAAUGGUGAUAUAUCGAGACUUCUCGUUUGACGUUGAUUUUUUUUUUUUUUUAUCGGCAAAAUAUAUACGAGGACAUCGACGUUGCGGGAAAAAAAAAAAAAAACGAAACGAAUGAACAGCGUUGUGAACGUGAUAGAUCGUAAAACUCAAAAAAAUCGUUAAAAGACUAAAAAUAUUAUCGUACGAUUUUAUGUAAACUCGUCUUUUUAAAUGUUUCCUGCAAAUUCCUUCGUGUUGCCAAUAAGUAUUUUUCACGAUCAAAAUUGCGAAGCUUUUUUAAGACAAACUUCUUCUUAAUGCCCACGAAAUUCUUCGAUGUAAACGUCAACCAAACCGAAUCAAACCGAAUUAUGGAGAUUUAUUUCUUGUGGACAACGCUGGAUUGCGGUAAUAUAUUGAACGCAACGUAUUUUUGUCGUUCGAUAUUAAGAACAUUUAUAUGGCCAAGGUUGCAUAGUAGUGUUUACGCCUCGAUUUCUUGUGAUGAAGUCGAAUUGCGUGUUUUUCGCUUCGGAAAGCGCAUACUUUUAUACUUGGAGACUGUUGGUUAGAAGAGAAAGGGAAGUUCAAAGGGAGGACGGAGACGACAAUAUAUAUUUGGAAUAAGUGUUAGGAUGAUAAUCGUAAUUUUUGAAAAGCUCCCAUUGAACAUACCUUGUGCCUUUUAACUCAUAUACGCAAUUGUUAUGUACGUUAUUCUAUGUAUAGUAGGAGAUUUUAAAAGAUAUUUUUCUUUUUUUUUUUUUUUAUUUCAAAGUUCUUCCACCAAAUGGAUGUUCUUUUAUUCAAAGUUAAGUUUCGAUUAUAUACUUUAUAAUAAUUAAAUAAGUAAAUAUAAUUAAGUAAUGCCAAAAUAUUUAAUACGAUUUUUUUAAUGCACUUAUACAU